UUUACACUCCUGACAGCGGCGGCCGCGGGAGGAUGGGCCGCGGCUAGGCUCGCAGUCGGGACGCGCCUGGCCGUGCGCACAGCGGGUGCCCGCGCCGGCUGCAGCGUCGCGGGGGGCGGCGCGGCGCGAGGUGCCCAUCGGCCCCGGGCCUCGCGGCCACAGCCCCGGGCCCCGCGCGCGCGUCCUCGGCGCCGCCCGGCCCAGCCGCCCGACCGCCCCGGCUCGCCGGCCGGACGCACGGAGGACCCCCCAGCCGCCGCCUGAGUUCUACAAUCCCUGUUGCUUUGGACAAUGGAUGAACAAUCCCAAGGAAUGCAGGGGCCACCUGUUCCUCAGUUCCAGCCGCAGAAGGCCUUACGACCGGACAUGGGCUAUAAUACACUAGCCAACUUCCGAAUAGAAAAGAAAAUUGGUCGCGGGCAAUUUAGCGAAGUUUAUAGAGCAGCCUGUCUCUUGGAUGGAGUACCAGUAGCUUUAAAAAAAGUGCAGAUAUUUGAUUUAAUGGAUGCCAAAGCACGUGCUGAUUGUAUCAAAGAAAUUGAUCUUCUUAAGCAACUGAACCAUCCAAAUGUAAUUAAAUAUUAUGCAUCAUUUAUUGAAGAUAAUGAACUAAACAUAGUUUUGGAAUUAGCAGAUGCUGGUGAUCUAUCCAGAAUGAUAAAGCAUUUUAAGAAACAAAAGAGACUAAUUCCCGAGAGAACUGUCUGGAAGUACUUUGUUCAACUCUGCAGCGCAUUAGAACACAUGCAUUCUCGACGCGUCAUGCACCGAGAUAUAAAACCAGCAAAUGUGUUCAUUACAGCCACUGGGGUGGUCAAACUUGGAGACCUUGGACUUGGCCGGUUUUUCAGCUCCAAAACCACAGCUGCACAUUCUUUAGUGGGUACACCUUAUUACAUGUCCCCAGAGAGAAUACAUGAAAAUGGCUACAACUUCAAAUCUGACAUCUGGUCUCUUGGCUGUCUACUAUAUGAGAUGGCUGCAUUACAGAGUCCUUUCUAUGGUGACAAAAUGAAUUUGUACUCGCUGUGUAAGAAGAUAGAACAGUGUGACUACCCCCCUCUUCCUUCGGAUCACUAUUCAGAGGACUUGCGACAGUUAGUGAACAUGUGCAUCAACCCAGACCCCGAGAAGCGACCAGACAUCACCUACGUCUACGACGUGGCAAAGAGGAUGCAUGCCUACACUGCGAGCAGCUAGGCAUGUGCAAGAUCAUGAAGAACAGAACCAAAAUCAUUUAAAGUAUUUUUGUGCAAAUCAUACCUCCCUGUUUUUGUCUGGGUGUUAAGAUUUAAUAUUUCAGAGCUAAUGUGCUUUGAAUCCUUAACCAGUUUUCACUAAGUUUCAUUUUGUACCAGUUUAAGUCACCUUGCAAACCCCAAAUGAUUUAGGAAUAAUCAAAUUGCAUGUUAGGAGUAUAAGUAAAAUCUGGCAGAUUUUAAUAGCCAAAGGGUUUUUUUAGGAUUAUUUGGAGUUCAGAGCUGAUGAAUUGUGUUCAGAUAGACUCUCUGCCAAAUACUGAUGGUGGCAGCUUGGCACUUAUCAGAAGUUUACUCAGUACCUGAGGACAAGUCUGAACAUAAUGACAUGUUUGCUUUGCAGUCAUUUAUGGAUAUUUGAGAGGAACACAAUUGUGAACUUUGGUGAUUAUUUUACUUUUAAAAGUUUGAAGUAUGUGUUUUAGUUCUUAGCAUUUGUAACUUUAAAUUUUUCUAAGAUCAAUGUAGACAUAUGCGUCCACAUUGAGUUGGCAUUCUCAACUCUUGGAGAAACCUUUAGACUGCUUAUACUUUUAAAACACAAUUACUAAUGUGAAAUGAUUUGGGGACAAAAUGUGAGUCAGACACUGAAGAGUUUUAUUUUUUCUUUUUGCUUUAGUUUGUUUUCUUUUGAUAGUCUCUGCAUUAAAAUGGUAGAAAUGAAUUCACUUAAAAAGUGGUUAAGGAUUUGUUUGGCUAAUGUGGUAGUAAUUUUGAAACUUGCACAUUUUAUUCAAAGCUUUUACUGUGUGUUUUUAUUAUUGUUUGUACAUUUGAAAAAUACUAUUUGAAUAAUCUUGCAGUACUAUAUUUCAAUCUCUAUAAAUUUAGAUGCUAUAUUCAUAAUUGUGUACUAUGGUAUAAACAUGUUUCUAUUUAAAGAUUUCAUUGAUAUACUGAUUGGUUCCCUCUGGAAAUUUUUUUAUUCUUCAGUUUAUUAUUUAUACUGCAUGUGCAUUUUAUCAAUUAAUGUUUCAGAUUUUCUGAGAAUGUAACAUCCCUUUAAAGAUACUUGGUAUACCAACACUUUUCUUGAAUUGAAAGCUUUAUUUUAAAAAUUGGGCCACUCUGUAUGGAUGUAUUUUGUCUUGUUUGAGAGGAGGAAAGAAUGUAUGUUGUACUGUAUCUGUGAAUGUUGAUACUGUUUCAAUUCAUUUGACAAGAUGUUAAUUUUAGAAAUGAAAUGAAAACUAGUCAUUACCACAGCCAGAGUUCUUAAGAGAUUAAUAUUCCUGUUGAGAAGAUUUUAAGCAAAGUACUGUAUUCAUGAAUGAAGAUGACAGAGAUGGUAAUGUUUUGUUCAGUUUUAGAAAAUGGGCAGAGAUUAAUGAGGACUGUUGUGGAGAUAUGUUAUUUCUGAAUGCCUUCCUGGUAGUAGUGACCAGUUUCUUCAGAAAUCUGUAAAGCCAAAGGGCCAAUUAGUGGUCACUGUUCAAAGCCUGCCACUUUAUGCCCUUGGGAGCAUAGUUCUGACAAUGGGAAAGCCUUACUAAUUUCAGAGGACUCUUACUUUGAGCUAAUAUAGCUCUUGGGCUUCUUUUUUUCAUUUCAGUGUUUCCUGACAGUCAUUUUAAUACUUUCAAAUCUGAUUAAAUUUUGAGGAAAAAUGCAUAAAGAGAAAGAAAAGAAGUAUAACCUUUUCUUUUUUGAAAAUGAAAUCAAUUGUGGGAUCUGUUAUUCAGUUAUCAUAUUUGAAGGACAGUUUUAUCUUGGGAGAGGCAAGGAAAACCAGGCUUAUCUUAUGCGAGGGUCUGAUCCACUGUUUCCCCCAGAUUCUAAUAUUCUACACUGUGGUAACAUUUAUCUUGCACAUUCAUAGAGCUAGCUCCAGAGGUAGGAAUAGAAUUGUUUUUCCUGACCAUUAGUGUCAUAUUCAUGUUGAAAGAUACUCUCUUUCUUGAAAUCUUUAAAAAAAAUCUUUAAAAAUACACGGACCUAAAGUUCAUUAGCUUAACCCCUCACCGUGAUUUCAGCUUUUCCUUUCAGUAAAUCUGUUUGCUAGAAGGAAAUAGCUGGGAUAAAUUUAAUAAUCAGGGAAAUCCAUUUUCUACAUGUAGUGAAACCUUAUGUUUCAGAUGUCAUAUCUUUUAUCUAAGUAUUCAUUCUUUUCCUGAAGAAACCACUAUGUGAAGAUUUUAAAUUUUGAAAGGAAUUAUGUCUGAAAAUUAUGAAGAUGAUUGGAAGUUUUAAGUUGUAGAACUGCCUACAAAAUGUUCUCUUUAUAUGUGUUUAAUCAAUAAAUUUGGUAUUGAUUAAGUGUUUGAAUCGCAAAAAGUAAAAUGAAAGGUACAACUGAUCCUAAGCCUUAUUUAGACAUUGGUACCAGUUGCCCAGAGGGAAACAUGGGGUAACUUUUUUUUUUAUAUGCUGUGGUUUAGAAAUGGUGUCUGGAGGGAAUCCCUGUCUAAAUCCAGUGCUCAGCAGUGCAUAAUGACUGUAAAUUUAGUCAGAUCACAACCUUUCCAUAAAUGCUUCCCCGUUCACCAUAGUAUCUAUUACAAAACACCUUUUUCAUAUCCUUAUACUUCAGGUGUUGCUGUUAGCAUUUACAUGAUAUUUAUUUUAACCAAAUGUUAUUCAUAUUAAAUGUUUUUUUCUUUAAAAUGAAUGUAUUAUGUUUAUAACCCACAAAUGUCUGAUUAUCCUUUGCCUUAUCUUUCAAUAGUACUGUAAUAUGAACUUCUUUUGUGAAAUACUUUUAUUUUGUUAUGCUUCAAAUACUCAUCCUAAAAGAUUCUGUUAUCAGCUUUGAAAAUUGUAUAAUAUCCUAAUAUAAAUAAAAAUAUAAAGUUAAAACAUGAA